AAAAAAAAAAAAAAAAAAAAAAAUUGGCACCAAAUUCGUAUGGAUGAUAACCUUGUCGAAAAUCUCACCCCUCAGAAACCACCGUCGGCCGCCGAAGAAAGCUCCAACUUUUCACACAUUGGGCAACACGGCCGACUCAUCGAUCUCUCUACUCAACCUCCUCGAUCUCUCCAUCGAAAACCGCUCCGAAGAACUCACCCUGCAAUCCCACGCCAGAGCUCAACGCGUGGGCCUCACGCAGCACCCGCUCGUAGCCCAGAAGCUCAUCUUCGCAUUCUGUCGAUUCAAGCGUCCGUUCGACGCGCGUCUGGUUUUCGAGCCGCUCUUGGUUAAGAACGCGCAUAUCUGCAACACCCUUCUCAGCGGGUAUGGCAAGAAUCAACUUUUUCUCGAGAGUUUGGAGCUUUUCAGGGAGAUGUGCGGCGGUUGUGUUUUGCCGGAUGACUUCACUUAUUCGGUGAUGUUCAAGAUAGUUGGAGAUCUUGGGGAGGUUUUUCAUGGGGAAAUGGUGCAAGGGAUGGGUUUGAAAAACGGCGUAGUUUCGGAUACUGUGGUGGGGAAUUCUUUGAUGUCCAUGUAUGGAAGAUUUGGGUGCUUUGACGAUUCGCUGAAGGUGUUCGACGAAAUGCCGCUUAGAGGCGUAGCUUCAUGGAAUGCGUUGAUUUCAGGUUAUUUGAAGGCGAAUGUCGACGGUGGAAAUGAUUCGUUAUUGUUUGGAUACAGAUUGUGGGAUUAUGUGAAGGCGAUGCAGAACGACGGUUUUAAGCUCGAUGCGUAUACAGUCUCCUCUCUCCUCUCGUUGUGCGGUGGGGAUGGCGCUGAAGUUGACGAUUGUAGAGAGAAUUAUUGUCGUGGGAGGGAAUUUCACUCUUAUAUCAUUAGAAACGGCUUGGAUUCGAGUGAUGUAUUGGAUAGUGAUGUUCAUCUGGGAUGUCGUUUGAUCGAUAUAUACUCGAAGAACGGUCAAGUUCAUGUGGGAAAAAGGGUUUUCGAUCGAUUGAAAUUGAAAAAUGUCUUCACUUGGACUGCAGUGAUAAACGGCUAUGUUCGUUGUGGGGAGUUCGACGAGGCCUCGGUCCUUUUCCGUGAAAUGCAACUGAGAGAUGGGGUGGGACCCAAUAAGGUAACGCUCGUAGCUAUUUUGCCUGCAUGUAGUUCGGCUAUCGGUUUGAUCGGAGUGAAGCAAAUUCAUGGUUUUGCAACGAGAAGGGAGUUGAAUCAAGAACUCUCUCUAAGUAACGCUUUAAUCGACACAUAUUCCAAAUGCGGUAGCUUAAAAUACGCAACCCAAGUGUUCGAACACGAAUGCAUUUACAAAGACGCAAUUUCGUGGGGCACAAUCAUUUGUGGGUACGGUUUACACGGUCAUGGUCAACGCGCGGUCAACCUGUUCGACGAAAUGCUCCAGAGAGGAGUCAAGCCAGACCAGGCCAUUGUGGUUGGAGUUCUUUCUGCAUGUUGUAUAUCAGGUUUAUUAAACGACGCAACAAGAAUAUACGAUUCUCUAACCACCAUCCACCAGAUCAAACCGACGGUGGAGAUUUGUGCCUGCAUGGUCGAUAUGUACGGUCGAUUAGGAAAGCUCAAUCGAGCGCUCGAGUUCAUCAAGAGCAUCCCAGUCGAACCGGGCCCCAGUAUUUGGGGUGCUCUCUCGAGCGCCUCUGCACUCCAUGGGAAUAUCGAGAUGCAAGAGUUGGCUUACAAGUCCCUUAUUAAGAUAGAGCCUCACAACUGUUCGAAUUAUAUCGCGCUCUCGAAUUUGCACGCGGCUUCGAAUAGAUGGGAAAGAGGGCUGAAGAAAUUGCCCGGGUGCAGUUGGAUUAGCGUAAAUAGCGGGACCCACAGUUUUUUCGUUGCUGAUAAGACGCACCCGUGCUCUGAGUUAAUUUAUGCGACGGUCCUUCGGUUAGUUUCGACUAUGAAGCUCACUUUUUGUGCUCCUGAUUUUGUGUAUUCUAGUGAUUAAGGAGCAUUAUUAGUUGAAUUCUAAGAAUAUUCUUUCUAAUAUUACAUUUUUACC